CUUGGCAUUUUUGGUUUUAUAAAAGUUUAAAAUAUGAAGAUGUUCAAACCAAAGAUAAUAAUAGUAUUAAUCUUUUCCCUUUACGAGUUUUCUUUUUAACAUUGUUUUUAUCAAUAAUCCAAGUAUUUUUCGCAUAUGCGUAUAUUUGUUCACUUCCAAUAAUUGAUAGUUUAUUUAAUUUUCUUGUUGGUAUGGUCUUAUCAAGAGCUGUAGCAGCAUUCUUUUCUAAUCAGAGAGUAAUUCACAAUUAUAUAAUGGAAGUUGAUGAUGAGAGUAAUUGUUUUAGGGUUAUAGAUUAUGAAGAAAAUAUUGAAAAAGAAGCUCAAGAUUUAAAAUAUGAUUAUAAGCUUCCAAUAAGAAUUCUUGCAUUUUUUCUCUUUAUGAAUUUUACGGAUGGAUAUUAUACAUGGAAACAAUCUUUAGUGGGAUAUGUAAAUAGAAAGCAAAGAUAUUUUACAUCAAAAUAUAGUUCAUUUAAAAUUAAAUGCAGAAAAAUUAAAUAUAUCAAAAAAGAUCAAAAAGAUCCAAUAUCUUCGCAUAAUAAAACAUUAAACAUUGUUGAAGAUGAAAUAAAAAUCAAUCAGAAAGAUAAAUUAAUAGAUUUGGAGACAUUAAAUAUUGAAGGUGACGAUGAAAUAAAAAUCAAUCAGAAAGAUAAAUUAAUAGAUUUGGAGACAUUAAAUAUUGAAGGUGACGAUGAAAUAGACUUAUAUAGGAAAGGGAGAAUAUACAAUAAUAACUGGGAUUACUGGGAUUACUGGGAAGCAAGAUUAUCUAUCAAAGAUAAUGAAAUUAAAUUAAUUCAACAACUACGAUUUGGCAGUAAAAAGGCAACGGAUUUUAAAAGUAUUAAUGGAAGGAUUAAAAUGAGCAUAAAAAGUCCAGAUGUUAUAAAAUUUUCAGAUGAUAUAAAAGCUUCAAAUGAUAAUAAUGGCGAUGUAAAAAUCCUAAUCAAGAAAGAUGAUAAUAUUAAGAGCGAAGAUGAUUAUAUUAAGAGCGAAGAUGAUUAUAUUAAGAGCGAAGAUGAUUAUAUUAAGAGCGAAGAUGAUUAUAUUACGGACAAAGACAUAUCAAUAUUGAUCGAAGAAGGGGAUAAAUUAAAACUAAGAAAGGCAAAAGAUAAUGAAAAUAUUAACCUGGAUGGUGACUGGAAAUUAAAAAUUAAAAAUGGAGAGAUUUUCCUUGUUAAUAAAAGAGUGCUAGAAUGUAAAGCGCAGAAUAAUAAAGGAAAAAACACUAUUCAUUUAUAUAGGGUAAACCUAAAUGGUUCUUGGUUUAAAGAUUCAACUAAUGAACUUAAAUAUAAACAGAAAUACGACCACUACAAAACUAUCGAGAUAGACGCAGAAGAGGGUAUUAGUAAUGACUUAAAAAUCGAAGAUAAACCUUUCAAAUACGCAACGAAAAGUACUGAUUACUGGAGUGCAAUAUUAAAGAAAGAAAAUGAUAAGUUCUUCUUGCGGUAUGAAGUGCCCCCAGAUGAAAACGUCAUACGACUGUCUGUUGAAGGAAAUAAGCUUAUUAAUUUAAAGUACUAUGAUGAUAUCAAAAGAUUCACAAACAAUGAAGAUAUCAAAAGAUUCACAAACAAUGAAGAUAUCAUAAAAUUCACAUACGACAAAAUGGUUUAUGAAGAAGAUUUAACUGAAAGCUUCAAGUCAUUGACUAUAAAUCAUGAGUGUCAAGUUAAGCGUGACAAGUGUGAAGACAAAACGGCGUUUAUUAUAAGUUUCAGAAAUGAUACUCUAUAUGAAAAAUUUAAAGGCCGUUUUUGUCACAAAGAUGAAUUGACGGUUAGUAGCGGUAAUGACGAGAUAAAAUUUGUUAGACAACAUAGUUUCUUGAAACAUCUUCAACGUGAUAAAUUCGCUAUAGAACAAGAUGAUAAAACCGGUACUAUCAUUAUAAGAAUUCAAGUAUUAGAUAAUGAAGAAGAUGAUGACACGAAAGAAAAAGGUGACCCGAUAGUAACAAGAUUAGAUCAUGGUGGCGAAUUAAAAAUUCAAAUAAAUCGGAAUGAUCAAAAUAUUGGCAAGAAUGGUGUAAAAAUU